ACUCAUCUGCUCUGUUCUGUUAUGAAAGCCCAGGCUGCUGAAAUUAAACUCUGAUGCCAUUCAUGCCAGCAUCCAAUCACCAGAGAGACCAGAAGCUCAGAGAUGACUCCAAGUUGCCAACAAGUGUGGCCACUAUACGUCAAGGACUCUAAAACCGUGGUUGAGGGGGAAGAACAACUUUAGAGAGGAUGCCCAGCUGAGAGUUGAAGGAAAUGAAUUUUGAAACUUCACGGUGUGCCACCCUACAGUACUGCCCCGACCCUUACAUCCAGCGGUUUGUAGAAACCCCAGCCCAUUUCUCUUGGAAGGAAAGUUACUACCGAUCCACUAUGUCCCAGAGCACACAGACAAGUGAAUUCCUCAGUCCAGAGGUUUUCCAGCACAUCUGGGAUUUUCUGGAACAGCCUAUUUGUUCAGUUCAGCCCAUUGACUUGAAUUUUGUGGAUGAACCAUCAGAAAAUGGUGCAACAAACAAGAUUGAGAUCAGCAUGGACUGUAUUCGCAUGCAGGACUCGGACCUGAGUGACCCCAUGUGGCCACAGUACACGAACCUGGGGCUCCUGAACAGCAUGGACCAGCAGAUCCAGAACGGCUCCUCGUCCACCAGCCCCUACAACACAGACCACGCCCAGAACAGCGUCACGGCGCCCUCGCCCUACGCACAGCCCAGCUCCACCUUCGAUGCCCUCUCGCCUUCGCCCGCCAUCCCUUCCAACACCGACUACCCGGGGCCGCACAGCUUUGACGUGUCUUUCCAGCAGUCCAGCACCGCCAAGUCAGCCACCUGGACGUAUUCCACUGAACUGAAGAAACUGUACUGCCAGAUUGCCAAGACAUGCCCCAUCCAGAUCAAAGUGAUGACCCCACCUCCACAGGGCGCUGUCAUCCGUGCCAUGCCUGUCUACAAGAAGGCUGAGCAUGUCACUGAAGUGGUGAAACGGUGCCCCAACCACGAGCUGAGCCGUGAAUUCAAUGAGGGACAGAUUGCCCCUCCUAGUCAUUUGAUUCGAGUAGAAGGGAACAGCCAUGCCCAGUACGUGGAAGACCCCAUCACAGGAAGACAGAGCGUGCUGGUACCUUACGAGCCACCUCAGGUUGGCACUGAAUUCACGACAGUCUUGUACAAUUUCAUGUGUAACAGCAGUUGUGUUGGAGGAAUGAACCGCCGUCCAAUUUUAAUCAUUGUUACUCUGGAAACCAGAGAUGGGCAAGUCCUGGGCCGACGCUGCUUUGAGGCCCGGAUCUGUGCUUGCCCAGGGAGAGACAGGAAGGCAGAUGAAGACAGCAUCAGGAAGCAGCAAGUCUCGGACAGCACAAAGAACGGUGAUGGUACGAAGCGCCCUUUUCGUCAGAACACACAUGGCAUCCAGAUGACAUCCAUCAAGAAGCGAAGAUCCCCAGAUGAUGAACUGUUAUACUUACCAGUGAGGGGCCGUGAGACUUACGAAAUGCUGCUGAAGAUCAAAGAAUCCCUGGAACUCAUGCAGUACCUUCCUCAACACACGAUUGAAACCUACAGGCAGCAGCAGCAACAACAGCACCAACAUUUACUUCAGAAACAGACCUCGAUGCAGUCUCAGUCUUCCUACGGUAACAGCUCCCCACCUCUGAACAAAAUGAACAGCAUGAACAAGCUGCCUUCCGUGAGCCAGCUUAUCAACCCUCAGCAGCGCAACGCCCUCACUCCCACCACCAUUCCUGAUGGCAUGGGAGCCAACAUUCCUAUGAUGGGCACCCACAUGCCAAUGGCUGGAGACAUGAAUGGACUCAGCCCCACCCAGGCCCUCCCUCCCCCACUCUCCAUGCCAUCCACCUCCCACUGCACCCCCCCACCUCCGUACCCCACAGAUUGCAGCCUUGUCAGUUUCUUAGCGAGGUUGGGCUGUUCAUCAUGUCUGGACUAUUUCACGACCCAGGGGCUGACCACCAUCUAUCAGAUUGAGCAUUACUCCAUGGAUGAUUUGGCAAGUCUAAAAAUCCCUGAGCAGUUCCGACAUGCCAUCUGGAAGGGCAUCCUGGACCACAGGCAGCUCCAUGACUUCUCCUCCCCUCCCCACCUCCUGCGGACCCCAAGUGGUGCCUCCACAGUCAGCGUGGGCUCCAGUGAGACCCGGGGUGAACGUGUAAUUGACGCUGUGCGCUUCACCCUCCGCCAGACCAUCUCCUUCCCACCCCGUGAUGAGUGGAAUGACUUCAACUUCGACAUGGAUGCUCGUCGCAACAAGCAACAGCGGAUCAAAGAGGAGGGAGAGUGAGCAUGGCUGUGCCAGCUGUGCCCAUCUGCCCAGCCCCGAAUAAGGCACUAAUGCUCGACCUGCCAAGCACUCUCCCCGGCUCCUCUCCUUCCUCUUUUCAGUCUGGUUUCUUAAGGCAAAGAGAAGUAAGAGAUGACCUUUAACCUAAUGUCUAACCUGCCAUCUGAUUCUGAUUCUGGCUUUGAGCCUUCAAAUCUCUUGCUUGCAGGACUGAAAUUGGCAUAGCUAGGAGGAAGUGAGCAAACAAGCAGUGGGUAUCUCCUUAAGCUGAAGAGAUCUCUUGUUGACUUUUAUAAAGCAUUUUCACCCUUAUAGUCUGAGACUAUAUAUAUAAAUAUAUAAAUAUACAGUAUAUAUAUUUUGGGUGGGGGGCAUUGAGUAUUGUUUAAAAUGUAAUUUAAAGACAAAAAAUGGAGUUGCACUUAACGACUUUUUUCUUUUAAUUGUUUUGGGUGGUUUAUCUAUAUACCCCUUCUCUCAAUGCCUGCCAUGUCUAGUAAUGGGGAUCCAGAUCUUGAUAGUACCUGUGAGUGACAGUGACAUGUAAGUCCCUUUGGUUUCUUUGUUGCUAAAUACAUGCCCUGUCAAAGCUUUGGAUCCACUUGUAUUUAUGUGGGUAAGACUGUGCGCAUAUGUAUACUUAUCAUAUGGAUGCAACUGGACGCAUAUGUGUACUCUAUGUGGCUAUAUUUUAUGUUACUGCUAUCCCUACUGCUGAUGGCGGUUGACUUUUGAGUUAUUGAAUCCAAUUAGAAAUCAGUAUUCACACCACCACUCACCAGAGGAAAGGAAAUAUCCUCUGUUGCUUUUGGUUGGAAUUGGGGAACAUGAAUCACGGCUAAGGGUCUUAAAAAAGUCAUAGCAGCCAGUUCAAAAGCAGCUGGUAUCACGUGUCUGGUUCUAUCUGCAGUCUCCUCAAAUUUAAUACCAGCCUCUUUAACUCUUAGUAUUUAUUGACAGAGCAUUUGCAGCCAAUAUUGAAUUUCACUAGAUUGAUUAACUUGAUCACACAUUUGCUACCCGUGAGAGAAUUAAGGUUGAUUUGAUUGGGAUGAAUGCCCUCUGUCUAGUCGUGCAGUAAAGCUGUAAUGUCUGUUAAGGAUAUCCAGGAAAAAACAGGAAAUAUACAGUUAUUUAAUUGGUAAAUCUCUAGACAGUGAGAGAUCUCAGUGAACUCUAAAUUAAAAUACUUAGGAGACUCUUUGACCCAUAAAUACUAUCAUUUGGUAAAGGUUUCUUUUAAUAACUCUCCUGUUCUGUAAAAUUCUGCACAUAAAGACUGGUUUAUUGUUCUCUCUGUAAGGUUUAAAAUAAGAAUAGUGAUUUGGAAAAUAUAAAACCAUGAGAUCAGUUUUCCCAUAGCAUCCAUUGUAUUACCACAUGGUUUUCUUCUUUAAACAAUAAUGGUUUCACUUUGUUGGAAAGUAACUGUGAGAACCCAAUUUCUCUUCCAUAUGUCUUCUGGGCUGUGCAGACACAUAAAAAUGUCCUGUCAAGUCAGCCUUCCAUUGGAGAUGUUGCUUGAACCACAGAAACAAAGAUUUGUCUUCAGACUUUGCAAAAACAUGUGAAUGGCAAUAUUCCCAUACAUCUUUUAGAAACAUACUUUGUAGCAAACAGCUUUUUUUUCAAAUAACAAAAUGAAUAUUUUGUACAUAUGCUAAUGAGCUCUAAAAUCCUGCCAUGCCUUCUGGUAAAGGGCCAUCAUUGCACAUAAGCUUCCAUUUUUUUAAGUUUAAAGUGCAAAAGGGCUAAUGUGUCUCAGAAAUAUAUAUGAGUUUCUUCUGAAAAGUGUAUAUAAGUUUUGCGUGUGUGGUACUUUGUGUUUUGAUUUUUCUUUUCUUCUUGGGAUCCCGGGUUUUCCAGAACCACAGUUUGAAACUUAAUUAUUAUUAUUAUUGUUUGUUUUUAUAUUUUCAUGGCUAUAUCACUUAGGCUGCAAUGUCAAAUUUAAAAAAAUGCGGUACUGUAAGAUGGGGGGAAGGGAAAU